AUUUCAUCAGCUCCUUCUGCCUCCGUGCAUUUAACCUAUUUUUCUUUGCUUUGAUUAUGUAAGAGGAGCGGUGUAGAGAGGAGCGAUGAGUAGGGGUGGCUGAUGGGCUUCCUGGGCAAUUACCGGGCUUUUUGUCUCCAGCUGGUCCGCCGAGUUAGCGCUGGGAAAUGAGGGAGAACUGUGUUUUGGGUUUUUACACCUAUUUACGUUGCUUGCGCUGCUCCAAAUGGUGCAACACAAUGCAGGCGAGGGAGGCAGGGAGUGGAAACAGGAAUUGAGCAAGUGUUUUAUUUCCCUCUGAGUGAAAAAUCGAGAGAAAAUUCUGCACCACAUGUAAAAAGAGCCUUUCCCAAAGUGGGUGUUCCUGUAGCUGUUCUGCAUUGCAUCACCAUCUGCCUGAUAAACUUCUGAAGUUCAAAUGUGAUUAUUUUAAUUCACUUUAAAUUUUCUCCAUGGGUUUUCUCCCCAUGAAUUGUUUGGUUCCUAUGAGAAUAUGAAACAGGAGCCAAAAUGACAUCCCGAUUUGGAAAGACCUACAGCCGGAAAGGAGGAAAUGGCAGUUCCAAGUUUGAUGAAGUGUUUUCCAACAAACGGACCACCCUCAGUACAAAAUGGGGAGAAACCACCUUCAUGGCCAAAUUAGGACAGAAGAGGCCCAGUGUCAAACCAGAUAUUUCUGAAGUUCCUAAGAAACCCAAAGUUGAAGAUGAGGUAACAGAGGAUCCAUUUGGAUUUGACAGUGAUGAAGAAUCUCUUCCUGUGUCUUCAAAGAAUGUGUCACAGGCUAAAAGCUCCUCACAGCUGGAAUCUGGUGAAGCUGCUCAGUCUGAGGACUUCACUCCUCUACUUGAAGCAAACAGCAGAAUUAAUCAGCCAGACAGUGGAGAAAAUGUUGCCUCCAGCAAGUGCAUACCUUUUGACAAUACUGUUCCCCUCUUGAAAGAAAAGAGCACAAGCAAAAGUGUGGAAGAUGGAGAAUGCAAGAGCAGCAGUGCUAAACUUGUAACUGCAGAUAAAAUCCAGAACUUGAAAGAAGAUAAUGGGAACAGUCAUUUCAUCUAUGACAAUGCUGGAGACAGUACUAAAACCAGUGCUGAGACCACAGACACUUCUGGAUGCAACACUGAAGCCAAGGACUUGCCUGAUUCUUGGGACUCCCAUGUGGGAAAACCAGCAAAUUCUGCAUCAGAAACAUCUCAGACCAAGGGGCCACUAAGAACUCACUUGUAUGAAUGGGAGGAUGAAACUGAAGACACCAGAACUGGAGAGUAUAUAUUAGCUUUUGACAAUGAACAUCUCUCAGAGGUGAAGAGCAAGGAUGAGGAGUGUGACAAAGAAGAUAGUGAAAAUCCAAAGGAAGCCAUUAGUGAAGAACUUGUGCAAACUAUUCCUAGGCCAAGCAACUGUAGGACAUAUUGUCGAUCCAACAAAGCAAAACUGCAGGGGGCAACAAAUUUUGACAAGCUAAUGGAUGGCACUAGUCAGUCUUUAUCCAAAGCAAACAAUGAGUCAAAUAAUGAUGGGCUGAACGCAGGAAAAAAAGUUUCUUUAAGUAGUGGGACCAGUUUUAGAGGGACGGUUGGACGGACUAGAGACUACACCGUUCUCCACCCGUCGUGCUUGUCAGUUUGCAAUGUCACCAUCCAGGACACCAUGGAGCGCAUGGAUGAGUUCACCUCAGCAGCCCCCACUGACCUGGGCGAAGCCGGGCGCUUGAGGAAAAAGGCAGACAUGGCCACCACAAAAACUACAACCAGGUUCCGACCAAGCAAUACCAAAUCCAAGAAGGAUGUCAAAUUAGAGUUUUUUGGGUUUGAUGAUCAAGACGAGGGAGGGGGAGAUGAAGGCGCCUCUAGAAGUUCUGGGAGUUCCAAUUACAAAAUCAAGUACUUUGGGUUUGAUGACUUAAGUGAAAGCGAGGACGAAGAUGAAGAGUGGCAGGUAGCAGAAAGGAAGGCCAACAAAAAGAGAAGUAGAACUGUACCAUCUGCUUCACUACAGUCAACCUCUGAUGGCAAUGAAAACUGUUCCCAGGAUAGCCAGCUCAGCACUAAUGCAGAUCUGGAGUUUUCAGAGGAUGCAUCUGGUGUGCAUGAAGGCAAUAAGAAAUCCACAAAUAAACAAGGUGAUAAAUCUAAGGAAAACACCAGGAAGAUUUUUAGUGGGCCAAAGCGGUCAAGUUUUAGGAAUAACUUCUGUGACCAACAAAGUACAGAAAUUUGUGCAAGAUUUCCAAGUGUGGUCUUUGGACAGUCUCCCACAAAAGCAGUGUAUAAUGCUAGACACUGGAACCAGCCAGAAUCAGAGGCUCUGCCAGCACCACCAGCUUUGAAAACUCCCAGUGUCCCAGUAAGGCUAUCUUCAAAGGAGGCAAUUCAUAAAGAUGAUGGAGUUUUUAAGGCUCCUGCACCACCUCCCAAAGUGAUAAAAACUGUGACAAUACCUACUCAGCCCUAUCAAGAGAUAGUAACUGCAUUGAAAUGUAGGAAAGAAGACAAAGAAUUAUACACUGUUGUUCAGCAUGUAAAGCACUUCAAUGAUGUAGUGGAAUUUGGUGAAAAUCAAGAGUUCACAGAUGAUAUUGAGUACUUGCUAAGUGGAUUGAAGAGCAAUCAGCCCCUAAACACACGUUGCCUUAGUGUAAUCAGCUUGGCGACCAAGUGUGCCAUGCCCAGCUUCCGAAUGCAUCUGAGGGCACACGGCAUGGUAGCCAUGGUGUUCAAAACACUGGAUGAUUCCCAGCACCAUCAGAAUUUGUCCCUUUGUACAGCAGCUCUAAUGUACAUCCUUAGUAGAGAUCGCUUGAACAUGGAUUUAGACAGAGCUAGUCUAGACCUGAUGAUAAGGCUUCUAGAAUUGGAACAAGAUGCUUCCUCUGCCAAGCUGCUGAAUGAAAAAGACAUGAAUAAAAUAAAGGAAAAAAUUCGGAGACUGUGUGAGACUGUUCACAACAAACAUCUUGAUCUCGAAAACAUCACGACUGGGCAUUUGGCAAUGGAGACGUUACUGUCUCUCACCUCUAAGCGAGCUGGGGACUGGUUUAAAGAGGAGCUGCGACUUCUGGGUGGUCUGGAUCAUAUUGUAGAUAAAGUUAAAGAAUGUGUGGAUCACCUGAGCAGUGAUGAAAACGAAGAGAAGUUGGUUGCUUCCUUAUGGGGUGCAGAGAGAUGUUUACGGGUCUUGGAAAGUGUAACUGUGCAUAAUCCAGAAAAUCAGAGCUAUCUGAUAGCAUACAAAGACUCUCAGCUCAUAGUCUCCUCAGCUAAAGCACUGCAGCAUUGUGAGGAGUUAAUCCAGCGAUAUAAUCGUGCUGAAGACAGUAUCUGUUUACCAGACAAUAAGUCUGUGCCUCACCAGAAUGUAACUAACCAUGUGGGUAAAGCCGUGGAAGACUGUAUGAGGGCCAUCAUUGGGGUCUUGCUCAACCUGACAAAUGAUAAUGAAUGGGGUAGUACAAAAACAGGUGAACAAGAUGGUCUGAUAGGCACAGCGAUGAAUUGUGUGCUUCAGGUUCCCAAGUUCCUACCUCAAGAACAGAGAUUUGAUAUUCGUGUGCUGGGAUUGGGUCUGUUGAUCAAUCUUGUGGAAUACAGUGCCCGGAACAGGCACUGCCUUGUCAAUAUGGAGACAUCGUGUUCUUUUGACUCCUUGUGCACGGGCGAAGGAGACGAAAGCCUGAAGAUAACUGGACAGAUUGAUGCUGUUCAGGCUUUAGUGCAGCUGUUCCUGGAGUGUGAGCGAGCAGCACAACUGGCUGAGAGCCAGACGGACGAGCUGAUUAAAGAAGCUCCCACAGCUCAGCAUGAUAAGAGUGGGGAAUGGCAGGAGACAAGUGGGGAGAUCCAGUGGGUCUCCACAGAGAAGUCAGAUGGCACUGAGGAGAAGGAUAAGAAGGAGGAAGAUGAUGAAGAACUUGAUCUUAAUAAAGCUCUUCAGCAUGCUGGGAAGCACAUGGAAGACUGCAUUGUGGCCUCAUACACAGCAUUGCUUCUAGGCUGUCUCUGCCAGGAGAGUCCAAUCAAUGUGACUACUGUGAGGGAGUACUUACCUGAAGGGGACUUCUCGAUAAUGACUGAAAUGCUCAAAAAAUUUCUCAGUUUUAUGAACCUUACUUGUGCUGUUGGAACAACAGGCCAGAAAUCUAUCUCUAGGGUGAUUGAAUACUUGGAACACUGCUAGAUACUUAACUUCCGCUGCAGGCACUCUAAUGCUGGAGCUACCCUUAGACAAAAGAAGAAGUCAUGAAAGAAGUCCUUGAAGGAUAUACCAAGAGCAUUCAUCUGUGUCAUUCGUGUUCGGAUUUUUAAGGCUACCUGGUCUCUUAACCAUGCAUUCAGCAUUUUCUAAAAGACAGUUACUACAUCAAUCUGCAACUAUCAAAAAUGAGGGGGAAAAAGGUUCUGAGGAAAGUAAAUAAAGAAACCUUGCUGUUUAUGAUGCAGUGCAGUAUUUAAAUAUUUUUGGCAGGGUUUACCCUCCCUAUCUUUUUUCUUGCUUUGUUCGUGACAAGUUUCAAGGGGAAAAACUUGCUGCUGAUAGUGCAACUGCUGUUUACUGUUGAGCCACUGUUUCAUGCCAGCCAGGUGCAAAGGCAGCUUAGCUACUGAGGUAUCAAACAAAUGUUCUAAUAAAGAAGUUCUGGACAGCAGCACCGCUCCUAUUUGAGUUUAAUUUGCUCCUGCUUUUUUUAUUACUAGAUGAUUCCAAAAUCAUAAAAUAUAAAUUUUUAAAUACUUUUGUGAUUUUAACUACUGUCUAUAUUUAAAAUUUGUUGGAAUCCAAAGAGGCGAGGAUUGGAUAGUUUAUUUUUUAUACUGUUUUGAUUGAAAUUAGGUUGUUGAACUAUUUCUCAGUUCUAAAACACCCAUGGCCCACAUACUGUAACCUGCUAGACCAUAAUGCUUUGUAGUUCUAAGAGCAUGCAGACCCAUAAACACAUAAAGCCAUUGAGGGUAUGUUAUCCACUAAAGGAAUAGUGACUGUAUAAAGUUGUGCCCUGUUAAAAUGCAAAUGAAAUAAAGAAAGAAAAAAAGAAGGUUUAAAAAACACUCACUCGCAGGGUAGUUUACACUUCCGAUAAGCAAAAACUUUGAAAUGCUGUUUUAAUUUGUUUCAAGGAAGAACUCAAGGUGUGUUUUAUAAUGUUGAAUACAAUGAAUUUGGAUGCUUUAGGGGGAAUAAUUUUAAAGAAGCUAAAACACCAAUGGGGAUUAUUGUUUCUAGUUGACAUAAUCUUUCUAUUUCAUCCUUCUGUAGUAUGACAGAGUUGAAAUGCAUACAACACAAAGCCUUAAACUGCUGAUAUAGCUAAGAUGUUGUUCAGUCUGAGGUUUAGUUCACAGCAAAGCAUUGUGUUUGAGGACUUAAGUGGAACAAAGAAUCCCAGAAAAUACAUGACUUUUUAAACAAUUUUUUUCUUGCACUCACUAUUCAGACCAACAGAAUUGAUUAUUAAGUAUUUUUAUUAAGGUGGUCUUGAAUAUUUGCAGACUGUUCUGCGAUCUGCUUCAUUGACAUUUUUAAAUACCUGUAUAGGUACUUACAUCAUGUUACUCCAUUGAAUUUGUAAAACUUGAAGCCAUAAAAAUAUUAGUUCUAUGUAUAAUGAGGGGGAAAUAACAGGAAAUCUAACCUGCUUUUAGAUCUUGUGUUAUCUCCGUGUAUAAAGUUAAGAACUUGUGCUUUUGUAUCAGUGCCAGCUGUAAAUUUUUUACAUACAGUGGCUGCCUUCUAUGUCUUCCUAUUUUUGAUAAUGCAGAUUGUUGGGAAUUCUGUAAGGAAGUAACUGAUUAACGGCAAAAAUCUUACGUUGGUCAUUUUUUUUUUUCAUUUUCUCUCAUCACCUUCUAAAACUUAGUGUAUCAGUGUAACUUAGAAAAGUUUUUGAGGUUGUGUUCCCCUUCUUCAAAAAAAACCAAAACAGUACUGAGGGAGGGAAAAGGUACAUGUAAAUGAUCUGCAUCAGGAGAAAAUUAUUAAAUAUUUGGCCCAUCUAGUUUUUGGAUUUUAGAGAUUUUCACAUCUAUAAUGAGAUUUCAAAUUGGUUAUGUAGUUUCAUGUGGGGAGAUGGCAAGAGAAAAGAAGAUGCAAAUAUGAUGAUAGGGGAAAGCAGGGACAACUACCUUUCUUUGUUACACUGGUAAUUGUUUGGGAAUUGAUUUACCUCAGUGUUUAACAGUUUUUUUUUAAAUGUAACUAAUUGUCAAGCACUGACAAAUGCAGAUUUUUUUUUUUGAGGGUGGGGGGAGAAAUCACCCUGUGAACUGCAGUGCAUUUUUGUGUGUUAGACCCUCAAAUAACUCUGCAUUAAAGGGUACUUGAGGUCAACUUGCAAAUUAAAGUUUUAAAGUAACAUUUUUUUCCAUUGUAAAUAUUUGUGUAAAUACUCUCAAUUGGAAAUUAGAACAGUAGAGUACUUUUCUGAAUCCAAUCCUAUUUUUAUUUUAUACAGUAUUUCUCAGCUGUGAUCUUUGGAGCAAAAGCCAACGGCAGGAAAAAUAGUUUGUACCAGUUUCAUGAAGUAUGUCUUUGGGUUUUUGUAAAUAAUUUUAACUCAAAUAAAAUUGCUACUUUCAAUACA